CAUGCCCAAGUUUUAUUGUGACUACUGUGAUAUGUAUCUUACCCAUGAUUCUCCAUCUGUGAGGAAGACACACUGCAGUGGUCGGAAACACAAAGAGAAUGUACAAGACUACUAUCAGAAAUGGAUGGAAGAGCAGGCUCAGAGCCUAAUUGACAAAACAACGGCUGCAUUUCAACAAGGGAAGAUCCCUCCAGCUCCAUUCUCUGCUCCUCCUCCUGCCGGGGCCAUGAUCCCACCUCCCCCCAGUCUCCCGGGUCCUCCUCGCCCUGGUAUGAUACCUGCACCCCACAUGGGAGGCCCUCCCAUGAUGCCGAUGAUGGGCCCCCCUCCUCCUGGGAUGAUGCCUGUAGGACCUGCUCCUGGAAUGAGGCCUCCCAUGGGUGGUCACAUGCCCAUGAUGCCUGGGCCGCCAAUGAUGAGACCUCCUGCUCGCCCUAUGAUGGUGCCCACUCAGCCCGGCAUGACUCGGCCAGACAGAUAAGAGCAGAAAGGCUCUGUAUCAGUUUUGUAUUUCUUGUUUUAUUUCACCAGAUUAUGGUGCUGAGCUUGAGUGUUUUCCAGCUGCAUGACAGGGAAGAAUUCCCCCUUCCU